AUGGAACCAGUCCAAAACACAGAAGAAGGAGAUGACAAGGAGCGAAGGAGAAGGAGCCCGAGCCCCAAGCCCACCAAAGUUCACUUAGGAAGACUGACCAGAAAUGUGACCAAGGACCACAUCCAGGAGAUCUUUGCCACCUACGGCAAGAUCAAGAUGAUUGACAUGCCAGUGGAGAGGCUCCACCCAAACCUGUCGGGCUACGCCUAUGUGGAGUUCGAGACUCCAGAGGAGGCCCAGAAGGCCCUGAAACACAUGGAUGGUGGUCAGAUUGAUGGUCAGGAGAUCACCACCUCUGCCGUGUUGGCUCAGGAUACGCCCUCCCCUCGUAGACAGUCACCCCCACGCAGAAUGCCCCCACCUCCCCCCAUGUGGCGCCGCACCCCACCUCGCAUGAGGAGAAGGUCUCGGUCACCAAGGAGACGGUCCCCGGUGCGCCGACGCUCCAGGUCCCCGGGGCGCAGACGUCAUCGUUCCCGCUCCAGUUCCAACUCCUCACGGUAGAGGAACAACGCUACCCCCCCUGCCCGCCCACCCCAACAACCCAGGGUGAAUGUAUUUUCCAUGAUUUCUUGCAUCCUGUCUCUACCUUAAAAUGCAUUGGAGGACAAAAUCGGAAUGUUCCUUCUCAUCCAAUGUGCUUUGAGGUGGCGAGAAGAGAGGAUGAAAGGAAUCAAGGAAAUACAAUUGAGCUUGUACCUAAAAAUAAUUUUUCUGAAGUGAACAGUCGUUGUUUUGUUUGUCUCAUUACGCUUUUCCAGUUUUCAUUUUAAGGUUCCCAAACAGUCGUUCAGAUUACUUGUUGAUCGUCAUGUCCUUUGUUAUCCAAUCAGAGCUCAGGCUUUGUUUUAGUACUAAUGAUUUGCUCAAGAUGUGUAGCCUGUCUUUUUACCACCGUGUACUGAUUUUGUACAUGCUUUGAAAAUAAAAAGGAAGAAACUUCAA